AAUCUUACUGAGCAAUUGAGCAAUUUAGAAAGUGAAAUGACAUCAAAAGAUAGCAAAAUCCAGUCUUUGCAGCAGGAGCUGGAUCUUGUAAAAGAGGAAUUAACUCAAAGCUUAUCUCUGUUACUUAAUAGUAGGCUUGUAUGUAAAGAAAAGAGGGCACAGACUUCAGAUUCUGAACUGCAGCUCACUGAUAGUAAAAUUCAGUUGGAAAAAUUUUCCACUCUGAUAACCACUAUUUUGAGCAAAGAAACAGAAAGAGAACAAUUAGAACUGGUGCUUUUAGAAAAACAGAAAGAAAUAGACAUCAUGAAAGAUGAAUUAAAAGGUUUCCAGUCACUUGAGAAGCAGAAGGAGUUGCUGCAUAUUGAUACUGAAAAGAUGAAGGACCAAUACAAAUCUGAAAUUGAAGGUCUGACAGAAGAACUAGUCACAGUCAAAGAAACGUUAUGUAAACAACAGUCUCUCUUGCAAGAAAGGGAAGAGUCUUUUGCAGAUGCAAAUAAGCAGAUUGAAUUUCUUCAAGACAAGAUAAAUAAAUCAGAAGAAAUAGGAAGAACCAGUCAAGAAAAACUGCACGUUGAAGAGAAAAAUACAUUAAAUACCAAACUGCAGGACCUUGAAGCUGUUCAUAAUAGUUCUGUAGGAAAACUAAACCGAGUAUUGCAGGAACUCGAGGAUUGUAAGAAGGAACUGGAACACAGUCAGGUUAUGCUAAGCAGUAGAGAAGCUGUGUUUAAAGAUCUAAUAAGUGAAAAAGAGGAGAUGCAGUUUAAUCUUGAGAAAAUGGGCAAGGAAAAAGAGAAUCUGAAAAAGAAACUUCAAGCAGCAUUGAUAAUAAGAAGAGAUCUAAUGCAAAAAGUUGGAAAACUAGAAAAGAGUGGACAGGAAGAAAUAGAAAAAGAGCAAAAAAAAGCAGAGGAGUUGUUGAAGAAAGUUAAUGAGUUAACAGACAAGCUGAAACUAGUUGAAGUACAAAAUACAGAUUUUGAGUCUCAUCUUGGAACUUUGAAGCAACAACUUUUAGAAAAAGAUGCCAAAAUAAAUGAUUUGACUGAAAUUUUGUCUGCAAAAGCCUCUUACUUAGAGGAACUUCAGGACAAUAUUACAGAACUAAAUGAUGUCAUUGCUGAAAAACAAAAUAUAUGUGAGCAGAACUUAAAAUCUUUAGAGGAAAAGGACUGCAUGCUUGCUCAUAUGCAAUCUAUGCUUGAUGAAAAAGGCAGUGCGUAUGAAGAGGAACGUUCUCAGCUGCUCUUAGCUCUUGAAAAGGUGAAGUCUGAAGUUAAGAAGGAAGAAUUGGUGAAAAAUUCCAGUUCAGGAGAGCCUGAUUCCAGUGCUGGGGAUAGGAAGAUUUGUCUGGACCUCAACAAUGACAUUGAUGUCAUCAAUCAGUUGAAAAAAGAAAAAGAAGCCUUAGAGAGGGAGCUUUUGGUCAGGAAAGAAGAUAUAAAGAAAUUUCAGAAAGAAAGAGAAGAGCACACUAAACUUGCAGCAGAUUUUGAUGAACAAAAAAACCACCUUGAGAAUCUCAAACAAGAACAUAAAGCACUCUGGGAAGUUCUUCAAACAAAAUGUAAAGAACUUAACUUUAAUCAGUUAGAAAAGUACCUUCUAGCGAAAGAGUGGGAUUCACCUAAAGCAAUGCUGGGAGAAGCAGCAGAUGAUCUAAGGAAUUUGGAAUCAGACAAAACAAGAAGCAAGGGUGAGGUUGCAUCCUUAAAAGAGUCUGAAAACAUGAUCACUUCAGUGGCAAGUGAAGACACUGAGUUAAAAGAAAUAAGAAGUAAUUAUGCAAAGCUUCAGGAGGAAACAGAAAUGUUAAAGAAAGAGUUGAGAAAAAUAUCGGUUGAAUUUGGUGAUGAAAGAGAAGAAAUGGUCAACUUAAACUCUUUAGGACAGCGGGAGCAGCAGCAAUAUAAGGACAGCUUGUUGGAGGACAUAAAGCAGCUACAGAAAAAGCUGAAAGCGUAUGAGGCUGAAGCUAUAGACAGUAAGACAGCGCUCAAACGUGUGAAUAAUGAGAAAGCAGCACUUAUUAAAAAAAGUGAAGAGGAUUACAAGAUGAGCCAGGAGAAACUGCAAAGACUGAGAACAGAAGCUAAGAAGGAGGUUGCAGAAAAGAAUGAGGAAAUAGCAGCAUUGCGUUGUUCGCUUACGGAUUUCAAAGAUAAACUUGAUCUGGAAAAGAAAUUAAAUGAAACUCUAAAGGGGGUUGAAGAAGAAGCCCGCCAUUACAAAACAGCAUUUGAAGAAAUGAAGAAUGAAAAAGACAAACUUGUCAGUUGUUUAGAAAAGUCCAAUUUGGAACUAAUUAAUAUGAAAAAGGAGGUAAAACAUUUCAGUGACGAAAACAAAAAGCUGCUGACAGAGCUGCGUGUGCUACAUGAGAAGGCUGAGAUGAGUAGACCUGUGGGGUCAUGCAAAGAGUUUAAGGAAGAAGAUAAUGCUGAAAAAGAAUCGGGAGAGUUUUGUUCGGAAAGUAAUUCCUUUCAAGGAAAGCUGCAAGGUAAAGGCACCUGUUUUCAACUAUCAGAGACUGAUUACUCUGGGAAGGCUAAACUAAGAGAAGCAACAGAAUGUCAAAUCCAGAAACAAAUGCAAAUGAUUGAAGAGCCCCUGGCAAAAACUGCAAAUGUAAAUUAUUCUAAACCACAAGAACAAAGAACUAUAGUAGAAGAGAAGUCCAGAGAGCACUUUCAAAGGAAAUUGCAGGCGGCUUUAAUAUCACGUAAAGAAGCCCUGAGAGAAAAUAAAUGUCUAAAAGACCAGAUUGAUAAGCUGAUAUUGGAAAGAGAAGAACUGGUGAACAAGACAGGGAUGCUCGAGCACUUGUUAGAGCUAGGUGGAGAAAAACAAAGUUCAAGUACUGUUUCUCCUUUGUCUGAAGAGGAGAGCCUUGUUUCUGAAAAUGCUAGACUGUUGACUGAAAACGAAAACCUCACUGCGGCAUGUGAAAGUCUUAAAUCCACCAUGGAGACUAUAGUUCAGGAAAAAGAGGCCUUUUCUUUCCAACUAAAUACUUUAAAAGAUUCUCAGACAGUUGAAUUAACAGGAUGGAAGGCUAAACAUAGUGAAUUAAAGCAGGAGUAUGAAUCCCUUCUUCAGGCAUAUGAGAAUAUCAGUAGUAAAAUAGCAGAUAUGAGGCAAGUUAUUGAUCUCAGUAGGAAAGAGAAGCAAGAGGCUAUUCAAAGACUCAGGGAAGGAGAAUCUGAGAAGGAGGCUCUUGAGAAGCAUUUACAAAAACUCAUUGAUGAAAAUGAGGUUAUUAAGAAUCAAAUGAAACAGCUUGGUGAAUCCAAGAAACUGGAAGUUGAUGAAUUACAAAGUAAAGCAGAAAGGCAGAUACGUGAGCAAGAGGCAAGGGUGCAAGAACACCAGGAUCAUCUUCAUGAACUCACUGAACAGAAUCAUCAGCUAAUGGAGGAAAAUGAGCAGCUGAUACAAACUUCUGAAAACUUAAAGCAGGCUUUAGAGAAAAUUCAGAAUGAAAAUGAUAUCCUUCAUAAUGACAUCACUGUAACUAAAGCAGCUUUGGGAGAUCUCCAAGUUCAAAUGGAAGUUCUUACACAAGAAAUUGUUAAUCUAAAUGAAAAAGUUAAGAUUUUAGAGGAUGAUAAAUGUCUGUUACAGGAAGAAUUAGAAAAUGUGCAAGAAAGUUCUUACAAAGUAAAGAAUGAGAGAGAAUUUCUUGAGACAGAAUUGCUUAAUCAUGUUACAAAAGUUGAUCAUCUUACUGACAGAAUGAAAUCAGCACAAGUACAGAAUAACUUGCUGUUGCAGCAACUGGAAGAAUUAAAGGCAGAAAAAUGUAAUGUGAUUAGAGAAAAAGAAGAACAGCAGUUACAUCUUGUAAAAAUGUUUGAGGAGAAGGUGAAAAGUGCUCAGAGGGAUAAUAAUGGAAGUAAAAACAAAACGAAAGAAUUGCAAGAACUUUUAAAGGAGAAACAGCAGGAGAUCAACCACUUGCAAAAGGAUUCUAUAAAGUUCCAGGAGCUGAUCCUGGAUUUGGAAAGAUCUGUGAAACUGUCUCAGUCAAAAAGUGAAAAAUUCGAGAAGGACUUAAGUAAUACAUCAGAAAAGCUUGCAAAGUCAAAUGAAGAAAUACAUCAUCUCAAGGGGAAGCUUUCUUCACAGAUGAACUUGUUGGAUCAGUCAAAGAAUGAAGUGGACAGGCUUAUAGAUGAGAAUCUAAAUUGGAGAAAAGAACUUAAAAAGAAAGAAGACGAACUACAAAUUCAAAAGAAAGAAUAUGAGAGAGAAUUGGAAUUUAAUCUUCAACAAUUAAAAUUGGUUCACAAAAAAGAAUUUUUGAAACUGGAGGAAAGACAUGGUGCUCUUGAGAGAGAAAAAGACAGGGCGAUUAGUGAGAUUCAUGGUUUGCAAGAGCAAGUUAGCAUUAAGGACUCUCAAAACAAGAAACUUCAAGCAGAUUUGAAUGCAGCUUUGGCACGAUUAGCUGCUUUUACAAAGUGCAUGUCCUCUCUUCAGGAUGACCGGGACAGGGUAAUCACUGAAAUGAAAACCUGGGAAGUGCAGUUCAAAGAGGCCAUCCAAAAUAAAGAGAAACAGAUAGAAGACAGUAAUAAAAGAAUAAUGUCUUUACAAGAUGAAUUGAAAGACAAAAUCACUCAGAUUCAAGAACUGAAUAUCAAAUAUUCUGUGGUAGAGGAAACAAAGGAUGAACUGCAUUUGAGGCAAAAAUCUGUUGAUGUACAACGCUAUGAAGAGCUCUGCAGAAUAAAGAAAGAAAAUACGUUUUUUGUUAAGAGGCAGCAAGAAUUGGAGAGUGUUCUUCAGUCCAAAGAAGCAGCUUUGCAAGCGCUCCUUAAAGAAAAUAAUUCUCUUAAUCAUCUCAUAGAGAAUAGUAAAAGUGCGGGAAGAGAGAUAAAAGCUCUGGAAAGUAAUUUUACAAGACAGGAACAAGAAUUGCAACAGCUUCUAGCUGAGAAGGAAAAAAUUAAUGCUGAAUUGCAAAAGCAGAUUACCAUUUCUGAGCAAAUGAAGUUCAUGCUAAAUAAUAAAGACAGAGAAAUUUCCUUACUCAUUUCUUCAAAAGGUGAUGAAAUUUCUGACUAUCUGACUCAGGUACAGGCUCAACAUAGAAAACAAAUUGAAGAGUAUGAACUUCAGUUAAGGUCUUUGCAGAUAGAGAGACAACAAUCUUACGAGUCCUGUCAGAGAAUGGAAAAUGAAUUGAGAAAUCUGCAGAUGAAAGCAGACAAAGUUGGUGAAGAUAAGUCUGCAGUUGCCAGUGAAAUAGAUGCCUUUAAAAAAUCAAUGUCAUCUCUUCAGAGUGAUCGGGAUGAUCUUUUUUCUAAAUACAAAGAGCUGGAACGUCUGCACCAAGAUGUCUUAAAUCAGCGGGACAGUCUUAUAGUUGGCAAUGCAAGUGAGAAUAAUGCUUUGAAACAAGAAUUAAGGAUGCUUCUCAAUCAGAUAGAUGAUCUUCACUCUGAAAAUGCAAUGUUAAGUGCGCAGCUGAUUAAGUAUAGAGAAGAUCUUAACCAUAAGGAUACUGCUGUAUCUUUGGAACAUGAAAAUAAAAAGUUAGUGUCUAAAGUAAGUGAUUUAGAAUCUUUAAUUGCGUCAUUGAACAAAGAAAAACUUGUUUCUGAAUCUGGAGAGAAACUACUGAUUAGUGAUAGUGUUCAGAAAAAACAAUGUGUAUCAAAUGGACAGUAUGGAAAAAGUCUUCAGAAGAAGAUUCAAGAACUCCAGAAAUCAAGAGGCAGAAAUACUAAGGAUGCAGAUGAGGAAUACGGUCAGACUCUUUUGACACUUGAACAUCGAGAUGAACCUGAUGUUUUGGCAGAGAAGAUGAUACUAGAAGUUCAAUCUCAAAAUAGUGAGCUGAGGUCCCAAAACGAGGCCUUUGGGAAAGCAAUGACUGCUCUGCAAAAUGAUAGAGAUAGGAUAAUAGAGGACUUUAAGGUACUUCAGAGCAAAUACACAUCUGAACUCAAGACUGAAAAAAAGAAAGGAGAUGAACUUGAAGCUGAAUUGGAUGGCUUUAAAUUACAUCUUAUCAAUAUGCUCAAAGAAAGUUCUCUUCUGAAUCGGGCUAUUUUUGAUGCUGCAGAUAAGGUUACACUUGAUCAGAUUGCUGAUGAAAUUGGAAAUCUCUGUAGGACAUUAGUCAGUCGAGAUGUGGAGGUUAGCAGGCUCUCAUCUGAGUGUGGGAAUUAUGUUCACCAGAUUGAUGCGUUUUCCAAGGCUAUGGCCAGUCUUCAGGAUGACCGAGACAAAUUGCUGCAGGAACUCAGCAAUCAGAAGAGAAUGCUUAGAGACAUUCAUGAAUUCUGGAGAUUAACUUUGUAA